CCCCGGAUUGGGGGGUCCGGGUUCCCCCAAAACCUUGGGAAAAAGGGAUUUGGGAUUUGGCAGGAUCAUCCAUACUGGGCCAUCCUGGGCUGUUCCAGGCCAUACUGGGCCAUACUGGGCCAAACUGGGGCAUUCUGGGCUGUUCUAGGCCACACUGGGCCAUCCUGGGCUGUUCUAGGCCAUCCUGGGCUAAACUGGGACAUUCUGGGCUGUUCUAAGCCAUUCUGGGCCAUACUGGGCCAAACCGGGCUAUACUGGGCCACCCUGGGCCAUUCUGGGCUGUUCUAGGCCAUACUGGGCCAUCCUGGGCUGUUCUAGGCCAUACUGGGCCAAACUGGGCCAUCCUGGGCUGUUCUGGGCCAUACUGGGCCAAACUGGGGCAUUCUGGGCUGUUCUAGGCCACACUGGGCCAUCCUGGGCUGUUCUAGGCCAUACUGGGCCAAACUGGGCCAUUCUGGGCUGUUCUAGGCCACACUGGGCCAUCCUGGGCUGUUCCAGGCCAUACUGGGCCAAACUGGGCCAUCCUGGGCCAUCCUGGGCUGUUCUAGGCCAUCCUGGGCCAUACUGGGCCAAACUGAGCCAUACUGGGCCAUACUGGGCUGUUCUGGACCAUUCUGGGCCAAACUGGGCUGUUCUAGGCCAUACUGGGCCAAACUGGGCUAUACUGGGCCAUACUGGGCCAUCCUGGGCCAGCCCCGGUGACGCUCCGGCGUGUCCCCUGGGCCAGGUGGGCGCGUCCUUUUCUCCUGAGCCAGGGCCACCCCAAGGUGACAAAAUUGAGCCCCUCAAGGUGACGGUCGAUCUCCUGAAGGUGCCCCUGGGCCUGAAGAAACCCCCCCUGAAGGAGGCCCUGGCCGCUCUCCCGGGAAAACCCAAAUCCCAAAUCCUGGAGCGCCACAAAUCCCGGCGCUCCGACGCCAUGGAUAACGAGUCGCAGUAUUCCGGCUACUCCUACAAAUCCGGCCAUUCCCGCAGCUCCCGCAAGCACAGGGAUCGGCGGGAGCGGCACCGCUCCAAGAGCCGGGAUGGGACGCGCGGGGACAAAUCCGUGACCAUCCAAGCGCCGGGAGAGCCUUUGCUGGACAACGAAUCCACGCGGGGGGACGAGAGGGACGACAACUGGGGCGAGACCACCACGGUGGUGACGGGGACGUCGGAGCACAGCAUCUCCCACGAUGACCUCACGCGCAUCACCAAGGACAUGGAGGACAGCGCCCACCUGGACUGCUCCCGCCACCUGGGCGUGGCCCUGGGCGUGGCCCUGGCGCUCCUGGCCUUCCUCACGCCCUUGGCCUUCCUCCUCCUCCCGCAGCUGCUGUGGCGGGAGGAGCUGGAGCCCUGCGGGACGCCCUGCGAGGGGCUCUUCAUCUCGGUGGCCUUCAAACUCCUCAUCCUCCUGCUGGGCAGCUGGGCCUUGUUCUUCCGCCGGCCCAAAGCCUUCUUCCCGCGCGUCUUCGUCUUCCGCGCCCUGCUGAUGGUGCUGGUCUUCCUGCUGGUCGUCUCCUACUGGCUUUUCUACGGGGUGCGCAUCUUGGAUUCCCGGGACCGCAACUACCGGGGCGUGGUGCAGUUCGCCGUCUCCUUGGUGGACGCGCUGCUCUUCGUCCACUACUUGGCCGUGGUGCUGCUGGAGCUGCGGCAGCUCCAGCCCCAGUUCACGCUCAAGGCCGUGCGCUCGGCCGACGGCGCCAGCCGCUUCUACAACGUCGGCCACCUCAGCAUCCAGCGAGCGGCCGUGUGGAUCCUGGAGAAUUACUACCACGACUUCCCCGUCUACAACCCCGCCCUCCUCAACCUCCCAAAAUCCGUCCUCUCCAAGAAAAUGUCCGGCUUUAAGGUCUAUUCCCUCGGCGAGGAGAAUUCCACCAACAAUUCCACGGGGCAGUCGCGGGCGGUGAUCGCGGCGGCGGCGCGGCGGCGCGACAACAGCCACAACGAGUUCUACUACGAGGAGGCCGAGCACGAGCGCCGGGUGCGGAAACGCCGCGCCAGAUCCUUCUAA